AUGUGUUCAAUCAGAGACUUUUUCCCUAUUGAUUAUAGAGUCAGUGGAGCCAAACCCAAGAAAAAUUUUAUUCAAGAGAAUAAGAGAUAUGUGACUAAAUUAGCAAAAGACACCCAAACGUCUAAAGAAAAUGUAAAACCAUCAAACAAAUUACCAUGCACCAAUAUUCAGAAUUUCAAAUUGAGACAAGGAACAAAUAAAGAAACCAACCCAGAAAACUCAAAAAAGAAAAUAAAAUCUAUAGACUUGGAUCAAAUUGAUGCUAGUAUUAAAUCAAUUCGUUCUGCAAUAGCUCAAACAAAGAUUACUCAAAAAAAAUUAGGAAUCAAAAAUGUCGAAAAUGUAUUGUUGACUUUUAGAGAUCAAGCUACACAAACAGUAAAUCCAUAUGAAGAAGAAGGUAAAUCAAAUAAUAAUAUUAUCAGAUAUCCAAUAUUACAGACUUCAGAUGUGGCUAAAACCAUUCAAACAAAACACAUGAACACCAUUUCUGUGCAAACUGAAAGCUCCGAAUCAGAGUAUUCUAAUGUUAUGUCUAGAAAAAAUGUCAAUUUUGUACAUCAACAGGAUGACAAUAAUUCCAAAAGAAAACAACAUUUAGUUGGACUUAAAGAAAAUAUAAUGGGUCAUCAUCAACCUGGGGAAAUACCAAAGUACCUGAAAGAUCGUAAAGCAUUAAAAGAAAAAAAUGAGAAAGAAGUACAAAAGAAAUUGGCGAUUAGGCGUGCAUUGGGUCUUGAUGAUCCAGCAUGUCCUCCAGGUCAUGUAUUAUUACCAGAACCUGAGCGUCUGGAACAUCUGGCUAAAAUAAAAAAAGAUUAUAAUCAAUUGAUAUUGCAAUUGAAUAUGUUGCCCGUCGGUUCAGAUUCAUACAAGAUGAAAGAGAAACGUAAACGCAUAGAAAAAGAAUUGGAUCAAGUACAACUAGGUAUUAAAUUAUUUUCUAAAGAGAAAUUGUACGUUAAAGUCAAUCAAAAAAUAGCAGAUUCUUACAAAUAA